AUGUAUCCGCCAGUGCGGCCGUGCCUGGCCUUGGUUCCUUCUCCGCACAAGCCAGGGUGCUCAGUUGCUGCUCUGACCACCCGCGCGAAGGUAUUCGUGAGCUUGUACCGUCAACCUGAAAGAGCGGCCUCCCUAAAAGCUCGAACCGGAUCUGCAGAGCCCCUGAAUGAAGCAAAGCAAGAACAAAGACAAUGCUACUUUCCUAGUCAGUCAAUACCAGUCUCGACUUCGAAAGAAACAGCUUCAAAUUAUCACGUUCGGAAGCGCCGAAGGAGCAGAGCUUCCCCAACGCGACCACUAAUUGUACUUCCACGUCAACAGAGCAGAAGGACUCGCGCGCAGCCUCGGCUUCUGGAUCGUGUAAGGGUGCAGGUAGUAAAACCAGGCUGUCGCCGGCGGCUUUCCCAAAAAGGUAGCGCCCGAAAAGGAGGUGGAGAUUGGUUUCGUCGUCUGGACCAGAUUCGAAAGCCAUCAAGAUCGAUAGGGCUGCGCAAUCCGAGCAGAAGGCCGCACUGGGUUUCGCUUGGCCUCUGGCCAAAAGCCACAAGCUGGAGCAGCCAGCAACCAACGACGGGCUCGCUUGAGAAAUUGAGAUGGGAUUGGAUCUCAAACUUCCAGAUCUUGAAAAUCCCAGAAGAUAUGCAAAGAUGGACAAGCCUAGGUACAGAGAAAGUGAUACGGUACUACUGCGGUCUUCGCCCUCGUGUCAACGAGGAUUGGACGGGGCUCCAAGGCUACGAUGCUGAAAGGUUAUGGCGAAACGUGAUGCUGUGGUGUCUGAAAUACCGAAGAAAGCAGGCCUUGAUGCUACUUCUCUCUACUUUCAAGGGUCGCAUAUACAGACCUCCCAGAUACGUGGUUUCGGACUGCUUGGACUUUCUUGCGCACCAUUUUCUCUUUGAAGUCUCUAAUCCAAAUCCAUUGGCUAUUGACGCCAUCUGGCUCUUGACUUGCAAAUUUAUAGAUGGUGCUAGUGAUCAGGAGCAAACUUUUCCAGUGUCUCAGCACGUUGUCUACAUUAUCCUCCAACACAGCGACGAUCAACGCGUGCUCUCUUUUUAUGGGCUACUUGGCUCAAAUAAGGCCGUCUUACAUGUCAAUACGAUGCUGCAUUUCUUGGACAGGUUUCUUGACAUGGGAAGAAUCAGCUUGUCUAUGAAAAUACUUGGUACAAUCGCCAAUAUUAAUUAUAACCUUUCUUUGGAUCGGAUUCAGAAGGCUUGUGUCAGGCUCUUGCGGGCUCAUUUUGAUACGCAGGAGGAAUAUGCUAUUCGCUCGAAUGUCUUAACGCAGAUCUUGGAGAUGGGGAUCAGACCGAAGGUCCCCAUGUUUAACGCUAUUCUCCUGAAUGCAGGCGAGGGUGGCGACUUUGUUAAUGCGUGGCAAAUGUACGGUCUGGCUAAAGAGAACGCCCUUAUACCUGAUUCUAUCACAUACGGCGUACUUUUGAAGGGCGCAAUACUCAGCGGCAAUUUCUCCAAUAUCGGAAUGGUCAUUCGCGAGAUCCAGACAAAUGGGAAAGUGCUUCAAGAUCUUCGCCUAGUUAGCGAUGUACUCAAUGCCAUAUCUCUCAUGUCGCCCGGAGAUGAAUUCGGCGCAAUGCUUGAUUUCUACAAGCAACAUUGCGACCUCCGUCCCCUGCAAGAACUCUCGCUGUGCGGAGACGAGACACAAGCACCACCUGGUGCAAAUUGCCAUGGAGUCUGGCCCACAACCUACAUCCUCACACAGAUGACCCUGGCUUACGUCAAACUACAUCAAGAUUCCCUUGGCCUUAUCCACAAUUACGAAUUGUAUCAUCAAUGUGUAAAAGAGAACCAUCCAGUGAUCGCGCCUCUCGCUCAAGAAACCUUUGUGGCGAAUUCGUUUAUCAUGGUUUUUGGGAAGAAUCCCGAUACCCUUCAACACUGCACCACCGUUGUCAAACACAUGCUUGAGUUCUCCUCUCCGAACUUUGCAACACCUGAGUCUGUCCCAUAUGCGGCGCCAACCGUGCAGACUUGGUCUAUUUUAGUCGCCGCGUACUUCCGCAACAGACAAAGACGCGCUGCCGAAAAGGUUCUCGACAUGAUGCGGGAGCGCGGUAUCCAAGGUGACAGAGUUACUUGGAACACCCUUGUUAGCGGUUAUGGAAAGUUGCAAGACGUGAACGCUGCGGUGGACACGGUGAAGAAGAUGCAGGCAGCCGGGUUCGAAGUAGAUACCUACACCAUUAAGGGGUUGGGAAAUUUGCAGAUACGGGAUCGCUUGGAGGAAGCAUUAAAGACGAGCACAAAAGAAUCAUUCGAUAAAAACGCGACAGGACUUGUACAGCCUCUAAAUUCGCAGGAUCAAUACGAAGCCAACAUGGCUCAAGAGUGGGGGUCGACGAUCUUGAGCCGAGAAGAGGAGGUGAAGAGGUAUCUGAUGGCCAAACAUCAAGAACAGCGGGAUAUGUAG